AUGGCAUCAUGGUCGGGACAACCUCAUAUCAAGGGCUCGAGCGAGGCGAUGCGGAUGGCGCUAUUGACAUUCUCGCUCGUGGGAUUACAAUUUACGUGGGGAAUUGAAUUGACCUACUGCACACCCUACCUCCUCCAACUCGGUCUCACGAAAUCCAAAACCUCUCUCGUAUGGAUAGCAGGCCCUCUUUCGGGGCUGAUAAUGCAGCCUAUCGUCGGGGUCAUCGCCGAUCGAUCGACGUCGAAAUAUGGGAGACGGCGGCCGUUCAUGGUCAUAGGAUCCUUCGUUGUCGGACUGUGUCUUCUAGUUCUUGGGUGGGCGAAGGAAAUUGUUGGAUAUUUCGUCGAGGAGGGAGAGUUCAAGAAGGAGUGUACGAUUGUAGUUGCUGUGCUAGCGAUUUACGCGGUUGAUUUUGCUAUCAAUGCUGUCCAGGCGUGCUGUCGAAGUUUGAUUGUCGAUACUCUUCCGAUUCCUAAGCAACAAACCGGAAGUGCAUGGGCAAGCAGAAUGGUUUCCGUUGGACAUCUCAUCGGGUACAUGGUUGGCAUGGUUGAUCUCGUUGGGGUCUUUGGGACAUCCUUCGGGGACACCCAGUUCAAAAAAUUAACAUUAGUUGCCGCUUGGGGCUUGAUACUUGCCGUUGCGGUUACUUCCUGGGCAGUGACAGAACGAGUUUUAAUAUCCAACAAAGCCACGGAUUCUCAAAAUGGCGGUUUCCAAAUCAUUGGACAAAUAGUCAGAACUGCUACACAACUGCCUCCACAGAUCCAAGCUAUUUGUAACAUUCAAAUGUGGAGUUGGAUUGGGUGGUUCCCAUUUCUCUUCUAUUCAACAACUUGGGUCGGAGAGACAUAUUACCGAUACGAUGCCCCCGAAGACAUUGGCCAUUCCAACGACGCAUUAGGAGAUAUCGGCAGGAUAGGCAGCAUGUCGCUAGUCGUUUUCUCUCUCGUCACCUUCGCAGGCGCCUUCCUGUUACCCUUCUUCGUCAAGUCACCCGAGGAGGAGGGUUUCACAGCACGGCCGCCCGCAGCAAUCGCAAAGAUCGUGACCAAGGCGAACAAGCACAAGCCUGACUUACUUACAGCCUGGACUUGGGGCCAUGUGCUAUUCAGCGUGGCAAUGUUGCUAGCACCACUUGCCCGUUCGUUCCGCGUAGCAACUUUCCUAGUCGCCUUGUGCGGUGUCCCUUGGGCGCUGGCUUGCUGGGCGCCGAACGCGUAUCUGGGCAUAGAAGUCAAUCGGCUGAGCAGCAACGAUCCAAGUAAUUACCGCCGUCUCUCGACCGACGAUCCCAUCGAGCUUGGAUUCAAUUCUUCCCCAUCGCUAUUACGACUCGAGCACGGCCCCGAUGACGAAGCCGUAUCCUCCACCGGCGAACUGUCCGGUCUUUAUUUCGGCAUCCUUAAUAUUUACACCACGAUUCCACAGUUCAUCGGGACGUUCAUCAGCAUGAUCGUCUUCCACAUCUUAGAGCCGGGAAAGAGUCCCGAGUUGUCGGACGACCCGAUUCCGGAAGAGCCGCACGGCGGACCGAAUGCCAUUGCCGUAUGCUUAUUCAUUGGGGCCGUGAGCACGAUCGGUGCGGCAUUUGCGACGAAGAAGUUGAAGAGCUUGUACUGA